AUGGCUAACAAAGCAAUAUCUUCGGUUGAUUAUUGUUUAAGGGCUUUGAUGAAUAAUAAAGCUGAACUUAAAGAGUUCGUGGAAAAAAUAGAGGAUAUGAGAACAGAAAUAGAAGCUAAAGAGCUAAAUCAAGAAAAAUUACCGAAGGAAGCUAGGUAUGAAUCAAUGCUUGGAGUACGUGUUAGAGAACAAAAUGAAAUUCAAAAUCCAACUGGAAUUAGAAACAAAGGUUCUGGUACAGGCAAAAGAUUAAAGGGUCCAGGCGAGAAGGCUAUUGAAAAGAAAAAGAGGACCAUACGAAGGUGCAAUUUAUGUGGAAUUUACACAGAUACACAUGAUAGUAGAAAUUGUAGAAAGUAUCAUGAGGAAUUAGAAAGAUAG